GAAGAUUAUUCCCACUACCAUGGGACUAGUCCCUUCGGAUCUGACCAGCCUGGGCCAACGCAACUCAGGGUUGUACGAGCACAGGCGGAGUUCCGUGGUGCUGAACCUACCUGGACUUGAGGUGUUCCCUGGAGACCUUCUGGUAUCAGAUGGGGCUGCUGAUUACCUGUACCACCCACUGCUGCUGCUGAAUUCAGAGUCCAAGAAGCCAAGAUGGCCUUUCUCCAAGAGGGGCAUGGCCAAGGACAAGCACAAGCACAUGGUUGACCUGGAGCACUGCCUGGCCGCCGUGAAGAUCACAGACUUCAGGGGCUACGAGUUCCACGGCCUUAAGGAUAAGACCUGGGACGAAGUCGUGGACACACAUCAGAAACUCUCCCCUGACCAAGUAGACCUGAGAAAGCAGCAGGAGGCCAUGUGGGAGCUUUUUACCAGUGAAUGCACUUACUUUUUGGACCAUUUGUUAGUCCUCAAGAUGAUCUUUAUGAAUACACUAAAAUAUCUACAAACUCACGAGUACCUUCUGGAUGUGGACUUAUGGAGACUUUUUGCAAACCUGGAGGAGUUAAGUCAGACCAGCUUUGGGUUCGUGAACAGUCUUUUCGGGACCAUGAAGGAGGAGGGAGACGCUUCUGAGCCUGCUCUGUCCGUGGACUUCAUUUCCGUGCUCACAAAGUAUUUCCGAGGAGGAAGUCUCUGUCAGAGCCACCAGACUUACUGCCUGAAUUACACAGCAGCUGUCUUUUAUCUUGAGAGCCUGAGGCAGAGAGAUGACUUUGGAAUAUAUUUAAAAUGGUGUGAACAGAACGAACAGUGCAGAAGACUUCACCUGCCUGAGCUCCUUGUGGCGCCGCUGCACAGGCUGACUCGAUAUCCCUUGUUGCUGAAGAACAUCUGGAAAAGAAGUAUUGACUCGACUGAGAAAAUCCUGAUCUACACCAUCAAGGAAAAGGUGGAAACAUCAAUCCGAGACCUUGAAGGAAAAGUGAAGUGGCUUGACAAUUUCCAAAAACUUAGACACCUACAAGAGAUUAUCGUGUGGCCUCCGCUUUGGGAUAGAGAUAAAAGGUUUUUCAUUCCAGAGUGCCUGAAACACAUUUUCAAAGAACACAUGGCAGAGAACAUCUUGUCACCCACCAGCAGACACCUUCUCUACGAGGGGAAAUUAACUCUUGCAGAAAGCACAAGAUUCCUAGACGUUUACCUGUUUCUCUUUGAUGACUUCCUCUUAGUUACAAAAACUAAGAGAAACAAAAAGAAAUUUGGAGGAUUAGACCCUGGCUUAAUGUGUCCUUCACUUACUCCUGACCUACAAACAGUAAUAAAAGAAGGUGGUUCGUGCACAGUCCUCGAUCAACCCAUCCCACUAGAUAGAUUGGUACUCAAAAAUAUCGAUCCUCUUCACGUGUCAGCUUUUGGUCUGAGAAAUGCUUUUCUUAUACAACAUGAAAACAGAUACCGACAGUGUAUAGCAGCAUUCUUAUUACAAGCCCAAACAGAAAAUAGUAAAAAAACAUGGAUGGCACAAAUGACAGCCGCAAUCUCUUGCUUUAUGAAGAGCCAGGAAAGCACGAAAAACACUCUGUUCUCCUCACUGCCGGCAGAAUCCUCAGAAAUUUAGGAUCAAGAAGAAAUGUGGGGAUCUGAAACCAGCUGUCGCAUACUUUUUAGACACGAGGGCAUCGUCUUUGACCCAAGCUUCUGCAACACUUACCGGACCUAGUGAUGUGCUAGAAGGAAAUGUGCACUGUCAGAGUUCCCAAUCCAAGUUAGGAAAAGCCCCAGGAAUCAUGACGACAGCAAAUGUGAACUCCGAGGAAUCCUUGACCAGAAUUCCCGGUCAGUCAGCUUUGCAAGAGGUGUGAGUGGCGUAGGAUGCCGUCAUCAUUUGUUAAGAGAGAUUCCUGACAAACGCGGGGUCCGGAGGGAGACAAUGACCACUGCGGGCCUACAAUAUGAAUUCUAGCACUUUCCUUUGUAUGUUAUCCAGAAAAUAUGGAAACCCAUGUUCCUCUGUGCCUGAGUGUCAGUCUGACUGCUUUGUAGAUCUACCUCGGAGACCAUGAUAAUUCCUUUGAUACAAAGGUUGAUUGCUCUUUUAAUAUUAUUAUUCUUAAUAUGGUUAGCUACUGCCAGGGAUCAGACACUUGUGAUCCUUAAGGUUUUAACUGGGGAUCACCACACUGUUCAUCCUGGUCCAUGUUAGUCUGGAAUUUCCACUGAAAGCUGUUCAGAAACCUGGCAACACCUAAGU